AUGCUGCAACCCGAUGUCAGCGAAGGAAGCAGCUCGUCGCCGGAUCCGACAGCACAGCACUCCAGCCUAGAUGGUUUCUCGUUGGCUUCGGACAUGGCCUGGACCGCUCACAAAGAACACGAAGCGACCUAUGUCGAUCGACUGUUGCGUGCAAUGAAUCAGGCACACUGUGCACAUGACCCAAACACUCGAGCUGUCACUCUGAUGCCUCCACGUGAGUACGGCCCUGAUGAUACCGUGUCCAACAGUGGCUUCGUAUGUGGAUCAGAACCCUCUGAACUAGUACCCCAUUCCACGUUAGGUGACAAUUCUCGCCGGCGAGAGCACCAUUUACUCAGUGCCAUUCCAAACACUACCUGCGGCGACGCAUUUUCGGACCAGCUGCCAGACGAGCAAUUGAAGCGCCACAGUUGGUUCGGAGGCGACUCGACCACAUACGGCAGGAAGACCUCUUUGUGUACCAAGCGUAGUGGUAUUCGUACCGUCACUCAUCAUGACAAUCUGGAGGGGACCAUACUCCCGAAUGAGCCCUCUCUGUUGUAUAGACUAUCGAGCUUCCGAUCACCUCAGCGGCUUCAGUGA